CGCUUCAGAAACAGCAGAUAUGGCUUCCUGCCUUUUCUUCCUUGAUAUGAAGGGGAAGACCCUUCUCGCCCGGAAUUACCGCGGUGAUAUCCCUAUGUCGGCGGUGGAGAAGUUUAUGCCUCUUCUGAACGAGGCUGAGGAGGAGAACGUAACGCCUACACCCUGUUUCACUCAUGAGGGUAUCAACUAUCUCUAUAUCAGACACCACAACCUCUACCUAUUAUCACUGACGAAGCGAAACACUAAUGCGACUGAGAUCCUACUGUUCAUGCAUAAGCUGGUACAGGUCUUGACGGAAUACUUCAAAACACUGGAAGAGGAGUCGAUCCGCGACAAUUUUGUCAUCAUUUACGAAUUGCUGGAUGAAAUGAUGGACUUUGGUUACCCACAGACAACGGAAACUAAGAUUCUGCAAGAGUACAUCACCCAAGAAUCUCACAAACUCGAAGUACAAGCACGACCCCCAAUGGCCGUCACCAACGCAGUGUCCUGGCGUUCUGAAGGUAUACGCUAUCGCAAAAACGAAGUCUUCCUCGAUGUCGUCGAAUCUGUCAACCUUAUGGUUAACGCUGCCGGAAACGUCAUUCGUUCAGAAAUCCUUGGUGCAGUUAAGAUGAAGUGUUACCUAUCAGGUAUGCCCGAAUUGCGGUUGGGUUUGAACGACAAGGUGAUGUUCGAGACUACGGGAAGGACAAGCAGAGGAAAGAGUAUCGAGAUGGAGGAUGUCAAGUUCCAUCAAUGUGUGAGGUUGUCUAGGUUCGAGAACGACAGAACAAUCUCGUUUAUUCCACCGGAUGGCGAGUUUGAGUUGAUGAGUUACCGGUUGAACACGGCUGUUAAGCCUUUGAUCUGGGUGGAAUGCUUGAUCGAGAGUCACUCGGGGAGCAGAUUGGAGUAUAUGGUCAAGGCAAAAGGACAGUUCAAGCGUCGCUCGACAGCCAACAACGUCGAGAUCCUCAUUCCAGUCCCGGAGGACGCCGACACCCCCCGUUUCCGCACUUCCACCGGCACUGUGCAAUAUGCGCCUGAGAAGUCUGCGAUCAUUUGGAAGAUUAAGCAGUUUGGUGGUGGUAAGGAGUUCAUGAUGCGUGCUGAACUCAACUUGCCCUCCGUCAAGGGCGAGCAGGUGGAGACGAAGAAGAGACCAGUGGAGAUCAAGUUCGAGAUCCCAUACUUUACUACGAGUGGUAUCCAAGUGAGGUACUUGAAGAUCAUUGAGCCGAAGCUCAACUACCAGGCUCUGCCAUGGGUCAGAUAUAUUACGCAAUCAGGAGAGGUUACUUUGCGUAUUGCCGACAACCCAGCUUCCGCUUCGGCUGCUGUAGGUGGGAUCUAA